UUAUUUAUAAUACAAUAUGUACCAAAAAAAAAGUAACAAGUCAACGACCAAAAGCUGAACCACUACCAUUUAAAAUAUAUUUUAAUCGAUAAGUGCAUCUUUAAUACCUAUUCUAUUCAUGACAAAUCUAAAUUCAUGUAAUUCCAUUCCUCAAGACCGAUUUCUGUGAAUCUCAGGCACCUUUGACAUUGACUGAUGCUUUUAAAUCAGUCUUGAAAUACCAGAUUUACUUUCUUUUACCCCAAGAUCCAUAAAUUACUCUGCCAGAUAAAAAGUUGACCUCAAAUAAAAUCUCAGCAAAAAAUAAAGCAAAAAAAAAUUGAUCACUAAAGAUCGCAAGUUAAAAAAAAAACAAGCCGUCAGGGAUUGAUUGGUUGGUGAUGUAUCACGAGGACACAACUGCAAGCCUCAAUGACUGUGAUUCAACGAGCAUGAAGCAACCGGCGAGUGAGUACGUCUUGGAGGUUGCUAUGGCACUGUUUGGUAUGGUUUGGCUGUUGCGUGUUCGCUCGGAGAUGCGUCGUUGCUCAAAGUGCCGACGCGAAGAACUGUUGACAGAUCAACAACAGCAGCAGCAGCAACAGCAGCAUCACCACCAACAGACACAUCCACGUCACCACCAUCAUCAUCAGCAACAGCAACAGCAUAAUCAGCAUCAAUCACUCUCCCAAACGACCAGCUUGAUUCAAACACCAGAUGACGGCAUCACAAUGUCAUCCGUCAACACUCUGUUUACUUUGGAUACUCCCGGAGCGACUGGACCCACUGGAAGUUACUGCGAAGUUCACGGAUACGUUGCGCCCAAAGAAGAUAUACAAGAGUUUUAUGAGCUAACGCUGCUUGACGAGUCUAAGUCGGUCCAGCAGAAAACCGUUGAAACCAUUCGCAUCGCUGAUAAAUGGGAAGCCAGCGACGGUCCGAUAACACCGACAUUUGCAUCAAAUGACGGUGGUCCAGCUUCCACGUUUCCAUUGACACAAACGUUGCUGAACAUUUACGAUCGUAGAUCUGCCAGCCCUGAUGCUCCGGUAGACCAAAACCAGAAAAUAAGAUAUGCAACGAGAAAUGUAGAUGAGCAACUUCCACCCCCGCCUUCGCCGCCUCAAAUAAAGGAAGCAGUGCAAUUAGACGGUGUGUCAAGACCGAGUUCGGUAGAACGCGUUAUCCAUUCCGAAAUAUCGCCUCACAUUUCGGCAAAUCACGAUACCCAUAAAAGCCAUGACAGCUGGCAAGGACACGACGGGGAUCAGGCUCAUACACCGCUUUUGGCAGCAGACCCUCGACAUGCAAACGGGGAUGAUGACUGGGAGUACGAAGAAAUCAUUCUGGAGCGCGGUGGUGCGGGUCUGGGAUUCAGCAUCGCCGGUGGGACUGACAAUCCUCACUUUGGCAACGAUACUGCAAUUUAUAUCACAAAACUUAUACCAGGCGGUGCAGCAUCAGCAGACGGCCGUUUGCGUGUCAACGACACGAUACUCCAGGUGAAUGAGGUGUCAGUUGUCGACGUUCCCCAUGCAUCGGCCGUCGACGCGCUCAAAAAAGCCGGCAAUACUGUUAAACUGUACGUACGAAGACGAAGACACCUACAUUUAACAGAAAUCGAAUUAAUAAAAGGGUCAAAAGGGCUUGGAUUCAGUAUUGCCGGUGGUAUUGGCAAUCAGCACAUACCCGGUGAUAAUGGAAUCUACGUCACGAAAAUUAUGGAUGGCGGAGCAGCACAGGUUGAUGGACGGCUCGUCGUAGGUGACAAAUUAGUCGCUGUCAGAAAUAGUUUGGGUGAUAAAAACUUGGAGAAUGUAACACACGAAGAAGCAGUGGCGACUUUGAAGGCGACUCAAGACAGGGUAGUUUUGCUGGUCGCCAAACCGGAAGGCGUAUUGCCUCCGCCACCGCCGGCAUCAGACCACUCGCUAUCACCCCAACCACGUAAACAAAAUGGCUCCGUAACUGCAUUGGAAAAUAAUUCACUGGCGUAUUCACAAGAAUCGCGGCAUGCUUCCUCCCUGGCACUCCAUGGAGCGGUAACACCACGAGCAGUAUCUCAGGAAGACAUCUCACGUGAGGUACGCACGGUGAUACUGAACAAGGGGACAUCUGGAUUAGGAUUUAAUAUUGUCGGCGGCGAGGAUGGUGAAGGGAUCUUUAUAUCUUUCAUCCUAGCCGGAGGACCCGCUGACACUAGUGGUGAAUUACGACGUGGUGAUCAAAUUCUCAGUGUCAAUGGAAUUAAUCUCAGAACAGCUACUCAUGAGGAGGCUGCUGCCGCUCUCAAGGGUACUGGACAAACUGUAACAAUCGUAGUACAGUACAAGCCCGAAGAUUACAACAGAUUUGAAGCAAAAAUCCAUGAUCUUAAGCAACAACUUUCACAGCAAAAUUUAACAACUGGUACUCUAAUGAGGACCUCACAGAAAAAAUCCCUCUACGUUAGGGCUCUGUUUGACUACGAUCCGAACAAAGACGAUGGUCUUCCGAGCCGCGGACUGGCUUUUCGGUACGGAGAAAUAUUGCACGUGACGAAUGCCAGUGAUGAUGAAUGGUGGCAAGCGAAAAGAGUCACCCCUCAUGGGGACGAAGAGGGUCUGGGUAUCAUCCCUUCGCGCAGACGAUGGGAACGAAAACAAAGGGCCAGAGAUCGUUCCGUUAAAUUCCAGGGUCAUAUGCCUGUUAUUCUAGACAAGCAAUCAACACUCGAUAGGAAAAAGAAAAACUUUUCCUUCAGCAGAAAGUUUCCGUUUAUGAAGAGUAAAGACGACAAAUCCGAAGAUGGCUCCGAUCAGGAACGGUCGCCCACAACACCUGAGAAUGAAAACGAUCCUACUCCAUUCAUGCUGUGCUAUACCCAGGACGACACUAAUACUGAAGAUUUGUCAUCCGUCGCAGGAAGUAAAGAAAUUUUAUAUCGCGUUGAACUACCCUAUAUGGAAGAACUGACUUUAGUUUAUCUGGAAAAGGAGGACGAUGAAAAUAAUGUUGAUCUUUGUAGCGAAGAAAACGUACUAUCUUACGAGCCUGUUCAACAAAUGACCAUUCAGUACACUCGCCCUGUGAUAAUAUUGGGACCGUUGAAAGACCGCAUAAACGACGAUCUUAUUUCCGAGUUUCCGGAUAAAUUUGGAAGCUGUGUACCUCACACGACGAGAAGUAAACGAGACUAUGAGGUUGAUGGCCGCGAUUAUCAUUUCGUUGCGUCGAGGGAACAAAUGGAGAGAGAUAUUCAGAACCAUUUGUUUAUUGAAGCUGGCCAAUAUAAUGACAAUCUUUAUGGUACUUCCGUAGCUUCUGUGCGAGAAGUUUCCGAAAAGGGUAAACAUUGUAUUCUGGAUGUAAGUGGUAAUGCAAUAAAGAGGUUACAAGUUGCUCAACUCUAUCCAAUUGCCAUUUUCAUCAAACCUAAAUCUGUUGAAUCGAUUGUGGAAAUGAACAAAAGAAUGACUGAAGAUCAAGCCAAGAAAACAUACGAGCGGGCAUUAAAAAUGGAGCAAGAAUUCGGCGAAUACUUUACCGCGGUUGUACAAGGAGAUACACCCGAGGACAUUUACGUAAAAGUAAAGGAAGUUAUCGCCGAACAAUCAGGACCGAGCAUUUGGGUACCAUCUAGGGAUCAGCAACUGUGACGUCCUGCCCCCAAUGCGCCUCAAGGUCCGAAUUCAUGGACCGUACCACCAAGGCGUAACGAAUAAUGAUGAUAAUAAAAAUAACGAUAACAAUAAUGAUGAUAAAAAUUAAAUUAACAAUUAUCAAAUUAAUGCAGCUUGACUAAUACGCCUUUAUAUUCUUCAAGUAGCAUAAAUUGAUCCGAGACGCGUCGAAAA